AUGCGUCCCGCUGCUUCUUUGAGGAAGAACGGAUUGCAGGAGGAUUUGGAGAAAGAAACUGAGACUGAUGUCUUAAUAAUUUUUGCGGGAGUAUCUGUAACAAUUGUUGGUGCGGGACAUGCCAAGUUGGAUGCUGUGAAAUGGCUGAGGUUUUCACUUUUCUGGUCCCUAACUACUGUUCUUGGUGGUAGUGUUAUAACAGAUGUACAUAGUUGGAUGGGCAUUGGAGUGUCUAAUUCUUUACAAGCCAUGUGUACAAGAUGGGGAAACGAUCCUCUUUCUUAUGGUUCAUAUUCACAUAUCAGAGUGCUAUUAUUUCGUAACAGUUUCAGAAGCCAAAUUCGUAGAUGCAGCACUUGCUCAUCUCUCUGCUCCAGCUUUCCGUUAGCUGAAGUAAUGGCAGCUAGAGGGAUACAAGGUGCAACUACUUUGCUAUGUCCAUUAAACUUUGCAUCUAUGCGCGUUUAA